CCCGCCCGCCGCCACCGCUGCCCUGCUCGGCCGCGGCUGCGCGCUUCGGCCCGGCUCGGCCUGGCUCGACUCGGCUCGGCUCGGCUCGGCUCGGCUCGGCGGGGUCCGGCCAGCCAUGGCCGCCUCCGUCUUUUGUUGCCUCCGCUGGUGCCGGGAUGGCGGCGCCGGUCACAUCCCGCUGAAGGAGAUGCCGGCCGUGCAGUUGGACACGCAGCGUAUGGGAACAGAUGUCGUCAUUGUUAAAAAUGGCAGAAGGAUAUGUGGCACGGGAGGCUGCCUCGCCAACGCGCCCCUCCAUCAGAACAAGAGCUAUUUUGAAUUUAAAAUCCAGUCCACAGGGAUUUGGGGUAUCGGAGUUGCAACCCAGAAAGCAAACUUGAAUCAAAUUCCACUUGGCCGAGAUGUCCACAGUCUGGUGAUGAGGAAUGACGGAGCUCUGUACUACAACAACGAGGAGAAAAAUAGACUACCAGCCAACAACUUGCCACAGGAGGGCGAUGUGGUGGGCAUUACAUACGACCAUGUAGAAUUAAAUGUAUAUUUAAAUGGGAAGAACAUGCAUUGUCCAGCUUCAGGUAUCCGAGGGACUGUCUAUCCAGUUGUCUAUGUUGAUGACAGCGCCAUUCUGGAUUGUCAGUUCAGUGAAUUUUAUCAUACACCUCCACCAGGGUUUGAAAAGAUCCUCUUCGAACAGCAAAUCUUCUGAAUGUCAACAUGGUGGAAAUUUGCACCCUGCACUGUUUAAAAAAAAAAAAAAAAGAAAAGAAAAAAAAAAAAAGCUUUGUCACCUUAAAUAAAGCUUCACACAUUACUUUUAGGAAACAUAUCUGUAUUUUUAGUAAGUACUCGUGACCGUUGUCUGCAGAAUUAACAUGUUAAUUGCAACAUCAGAUGAUUGUGUUUGCAAAUACUAGGUUUCUGGCAAUGUUUUGUUGUUGCAAAUCAGAGUUUUGGGCCCUGAUUGAUACUUGAUGCAUAAGGAGACUAAGGGAUAUUACUGACAUCAGUGUUCAGUAUUUUGGAUAAACUGGAGCUCUGUAAAGCCCAUGGUUCUUCUGCAUAUGAUAGCUUUGGAGAUUGGUAGUUCUCAUGAUUUUUUUCCCAACUUUUUCCACACAGAAGUUACAUACCUUCUUAAAAGGAAGUGGUGUGUUUCUAGUCUGUACUUUGGAACUGCAGUGUCCUGGUUGUGCACAAUGACUAAUAUACGAUGGCACAACUAGCAGUUAGUUUUUUUUUCCUUUGCAAGGUGUAAUUUAAUCCAUUCCCUCUAUCUUAAAAUGGCAAAUAUGUAUUUCUCCUAGCUUUUCAAUUGCUUUUGACUGUGACGGAUAAUAGGAUGCUUUUUAGUAGUACUUGAAAUACUGUUUUGUUGAACCUUAACAAAGUAAACCUGAACACCGCCUGUGUUUUUUUUUUU